CCCCGCAACCUUAGCCUCACAUUGCCCUUUAAAGAAAUCCAAACCCCGCCUCAGAUAUUUUCGCGCACCCCGCCCCCGAUCUCCCUCCUGUAAGCCACAUUAAUGCUAUAGUGGUGAUCGAUCUCCGUCCAUGGACGCUUCCGGGCCCGGAUCCGACGGCUCCUGCUACUACUCCCUCCUCGGGAUCCGCCGCAACGCCUCCGCCUCGGACAUCCGCUCCGCCUACCGCUGCCUUGCCCUGAAGUGGCACCCGGAUCGGUGGGCCAAGGAGCCGGCGGCGGCGUCGGGGGAGGCGAAGCGGCGGUUCCAGCGGAUCCAGGAAGCCUACUCCGUGCUCUCGGAUAAGGGCAAGCGCGCCAUGUACGACGCCGGCUUCUACGACCCCCUCGACGACGACGGCGACCAGGAUUUUUCUGAUUUCAUGCAAGAGAUGCUGGCGAUGAUGGACGGGGUGAAAUCGGAGAAGCCGGACACGUUGGAGGACCUGCAGCGUAUGCUGGCGGAGAUCGUGGACGGCGAUUCGGGGAGCAGCGGCAGCGGGGGCCACGCGAACGGCCGUCGGGUGCCGUCCGAUUCAUCUAGGAGGAGCCGCAGCGGCCCGAUACGCAGUUGGUAGACGAUGACCGCCAAUUGCACGCACGCUUCUUCCUUGUGCGUAGCUGCUUUAGAGGUUCCACACCAUGAGGUGGUCCAGAUCUGCAACUGGCAUAGGAAUCGGUGGCUGUGGAAUCGGGGAAUCGUUUGAUGUGGGGAGCAGAUCUGAAGAUAUUUAUUCUUAUUCGCAUGGGUCAUUUUAACGAAUGUCAUCUUGACAGACACAAUAGUUUUAUUUGAUUCUUCGCUCUUCGUUGUGGUGAUCGAAGAAUCUAAAUAACUCUUUUGGGGUGAGAAAGUGAGUUUAACAUCGUUUCA